CUAAUCUCGUCUAAUGGGCGUGUACAGGAGCGCGGAUUCAGCACCGAGACACCGAUGACCUGAGCGGGAGUCUCUCUUUGUGACUUGAUGACAAUAACCUGUCCGAUAUAGUUUGGGAAAGGCCGUGAGCAGACGCUUCAGAGUGCUCGAGAUGACGACCACCACCACUUACCAAGGCAUGGACCCGACCGCGAGGAACAGCUCCAGAGUGCUGCGUCCACCAGGUGGAGGUUCAAACAUCUGCUUUGGGGCGGAUGAAGAGAAACCCGUGAAAAAAAACAAAAUGGCAUCUAGUAUAUUUGCCGAACCUGAGGACCCUCAUGCCCAUCGAAGGAACAAUCCACCAGGUGGAAUGCCUACAGGUGUGUUGUGUGGAGAGCCAUCCGCCCCUCUCAGAAGAUGUACUGCUCCAGCAGCCAACCAAAGCAACACCACAGUUGAAGAUACUGUACCCGUGAAUGGUCAGGAAGAUUCCGUCACUGUUGGCACCGUUGAUAGCACAGAAGAGCCUGAACCUAUCCGGGAGCAGGAUGACACACCAGCUCCGACUUGCCUUUCCGCAACAGAGCAGCCUACAGCUUCUGGCCGUAGAAACCCACCUGGAGGCAAAUCCUCUCUUAUCUUAGGUUAAAGAUUUGCCUCAAUUAAGGAUAAGGUCUGGGCCUAUGAAACGAGCAUCUCAGAGUAAACGUGCUGUUCUGUGGUCAGUAUCCAUCCUCUGCAUAACCGUAUUCAUAAAAAGACAUAAGCCACAAAGAACAGAUUAAGGUCAGGACAGUUUAGACAGAGAAGCGUGCCACAAAUCUCUGAGCUGUGAUUUGUUCAAAGAAUAUCGGUCGCUCAGUCUCGCCUCGACUAAGAUCAGACCCUUAAGGAACAACAGAUCCCGGGUGGGCACUGCUACUCUCAGAUACUGCAAACCAUAGGCCAAAACAUGCCGUUAAAGUCCAGUCCAGUCAAGUUUUUAUUUUUAUUUUUUAUUACUGUCAUCGAUUGCCUAUGAAAUGUCUCCCUACGCAGUGUUUGUCUUACUUUUUUUUUGUGUGUGUUAUGUUUGUGUCAGCACUUUAUGAACUGUGGUGCCCAAUUUGUGGUGCCUCGGACCUGCUGGUUAAAACACAAGGUUUGAAUAAUUCCAUGUCUCGUCCAUUAAUGAAAAAAAAAGAAAAAAAAAAAGUGAAACAUUAGUAGAUGUAAAGAAAAAAGUAUGAAUCUUGAAAAGCAUAUUUAGUACAAAAACACAAUCAUAAGAGUUAACAGAGCAACAAACGUAAGGGUGAGAUGAAACAUUACCUUCUAGUCACAGGUGCAUGUGAGCAAGCUGUUAUUUACUUGUGUUUGUUUAAAAAAAAGCAAAGUUAUGAAAAUGUACAAAAAUACAAAACAACAGCCACAGUGUACAGUCAUCGUGUCUGAUCGCUCAUCAAGCAGUCCACAUUCAACAAAAGCAGUUAAAGUUCUUGUUGCCUUGUUAUUUUUGACGUAUGCCAAAAAGGUGCUGUAUUAUUCAUUGACUCCUUGGAGGAAGUGUGUAACAGAGUCUGUUCAUUUUUUAUGUACAUGAGCUUUUCUCAGAUUAAAAAAAAAUGAGUAAA